CCACGACGUUCUUGCUAACCGCAAAGAAGAAGACUUUGGCUCAACAUAGCUAACUAAUGGCCGGGUUAGACAUUGGGAAACAUUGUCAAGUAGAUUCCUGCAAUCUGAAAGAUUUUCUUCCAUUUGUGUGUGACUUCUGCAGUGGCGUUUAUUGUCUUGAGCACAGAAGCAGAGACACCCAUUCAUGUUCAAAGGAGCCAGUUAAAAGGGAAUCCCAGACGGCUGUUGGUAGCUCGAGCUAUCCAUGCUCAUUUGAAGACUGCAAGGGAAAAGAACUGCUGCCAGUUUUAUGUCCACAGUGUGAAAAACAAUUCUGUUUGGCCCAUCGUCAUCAAGAUGACCACAAGUGUGAGAACUUGGAAGUCCAAAAGCCUCGAAUGUCUGCCACCAAAGAGCUGGUACAAAAGAUAGUUGAGUCAAAGGACGGAUCCAAAAGCAAAGGGCGCAAAGGAGCAAAGAAUGCAGCCACUGCAGCAAAGGUAGCUCUUAUGAAACUGAAGCUGCAUGCUGCAGGAGACAAGGGACUGCCACAGACAGAAAGAGCCUAUUUUCAGGUGUAUCUUCCAAAAGAAGCCAAAGACUGCAGCCAGUCCAUGUUCUUCUCUUCCAAAUGGAGUGUGGGCAAAGUUGUGGAUUAUGCCGCCUCUUUAGCCAGCCUCAAGAACAACAAUAAUAUACUGACAGCAAAGAAGCUGCGGCUCUGUCAUCCUCAGACAGGUGAGGCUCUCCGGAUGGAUGACACCCUGCUCUCGCUUCUGGCUCACCCAGAAACACCCCUGCAUAAUGGGGGUAAUAUGAUCCUGGAGUAUCUGGACAAUGAGAGCCCAGGUCUUGAGGAUGUUUCUGACUAUAUUACUUCCACGUGACCAAUCAACAGCACUGAUGUAUGGAUGAUUAUAUGUAUUUUAUAUUUAUGUCAAUAAAAUAU